AUGGGUGCCCUCAAGUAUGUCGAAGAACUUCAGAAGAAGAAGCAGUCGGACAUGAUGCGCUUCUUGAUGCGCGUUCGCCUUCGCCAACUUAAGGUCAUCCACCGCGCAAGCCGCCCCUCGCGCCCCGACAAGGCCCGCCGUCUCGGAUACAAGGCCAAGCAGGGUUACGUUAUCUACCGCAUCCGCGUCCGCCGUGGAGGUCGCAAGAGGCAGGCUCCCAAGGGCGCCACCUACGGAAAGCCUACCAACCAGGGUAUCAACCAGCUCAAGUACCAGCGCUCUCUCAAGUCCACCGCUGAGGAGCGUAUCGGCCGCCGCUGCGCCAACUUGCGCGUGCUCAACUCCUACUGGAUCAACCAGGACUCGACCUACAAGUACUACGAGGUCAUCUGCGUCGACCCCCAGCACAAGGCCAUCCGCCGCGAUCCUCGCAUCAACUGGAUCACAAAGGCCGUCCACAAGCACCGCGAGGCUCGUGGUCUCACCGCCACCGGCAAGAAGAGCCGUGGUCUCGGCCGUGGACACAAGUUCAACAACACCACUGCUGGAAGGAGGAAGACCUGGAAGAGGCACAACACCCUCUCCCUCUGGCGCUACCGUUAA